AUGGAUGAAUUGGGUGUUACACAUGUCGAUCUGUACGUGGUCCAUAAGGUUGAGGUUGAUGAAGACUUUCCUGAAGUAGGGUUUCUUGAUGUUGGAGGCCCAGGUGAACAGGUUCAGGAGACGGAGAGGGCCAAUGAUGAAGAGAUACAUAAUCAAAAACAGCUGGUGAUUUAUCAGGGUGAUGGGGUUCAAAAGGUGGAAAGGGCCAAUGCAGAGGGGGUUAAAGAAGGAGAUAAGCUGAAUAGUGAUGAGGAUAGUGACGAUGAGGAUUUCAUUCCAUCUGAUGGUGAGGUUGACAGUGCAGAUGAUGUGAUGUUUACAGAUAGUGAAGAGGAGUAUGAUGAUGAGAGCGAAUUUGAUGAAGUACGAGGUGGGACGGAUGGUGAUCGGGUUGAAAAAGGAAAAGGGGUUGCAGGAGGUGAUUUCAGUGAUGAGGAAGGGUUCAAUAGUGAUGAAGUUGAUGUUGAUUAUGAAGUGGGUGGUGGUUCCGAGAAAGAGGAUAGCGAGGAUGAUGAUAACAAUGAAGCAAUUAGAUAUCCGAUCCAUAAAGAUGUGAAAGACAUGACAAGGUACAAAUGGGAAGUUGGAACUGUGUUUGCUUCAAGGGAGGAAUUCAAGGACACUGUAACAGCUUAUGCAGUGCAAACAAGAAGGGGAAUGAGGUAUGCGAAACUUGACUUGGUCAGGGUGAGGGCUGUUUGUCAAGAGGGUUGCCCGUUUUAGUUAUAUGCAGCAAAAAUGAGUGAGAGCUUUAAUAGUGUAAUAGUAGACUCUAGGGAGAAACCUAUAGUGACAAUGUUGGAGGACAUUAGGGUUUAUUUGAUGAGUAGGUGGGCUCUUAAUAGGAAAAGAAUUAAGAACUUUAAUGGGACAGUUUUACCUCGGAUUAGGAUGAAAUUAGAGAGGAGAGGCAGAUCAGCUAGUGAGUGGAGGCCUUACUGGUCUACUGCACAAACAUAUGAGGUUGUUAAUGGUUUGUCUAAAUUUGCUGUUGAUCUUUCUGCUCACGAGUGCUCCUGUAGGAAGUGGCAGCUUAGUGGUAUCCCCUACACCCACGCCAUUAGCUGCAUCAACUAUAAGGGCCUUGACAUAGAUGGAUUUGUUGAUGACUGCUACAAGAAGCCUGCAUAUGUCAAGUGCUAUGAUUCAGUCAUCAAUCCUCUGAAUGGCUCAGAUUUGUGGGAGGAAACCAACUUUGAUGAUGUCAUGCCCCCUCCUUAUCGAAAGCCUAGCCACAGACCAGUCAAGAAGAGGAAGAGAGGACCUAAUGAGCCUCCGGACAGCAGCCAGUUCCACUUGUCUAGGAGGGGACAAAUUCAAAGGUGCUCAAACUGUGGUGAAUCUGGACACAAGAGGGGAGGAUGCAAGAAGCCAUCCCUGGAUGCCCAACAACCAAGGCAAGCUGCUAGCAAAAGGACCAGAGGAGGAAGGAAGCCUUCAUCUAUCAGACCUAAAACCAGAUCUAAGACUUCAUCCCAGCCUGACAUGCCAUCUGCAAGUGGAGGUUUGAGGAGGUCCACCAGGUCUAGAGCAGCAUCUCAGUCCCAACCAGCCACCCCCUAUUCUCAGCCCAACUCAACCCAUUCCAGGUCCAAGCCCACAUCAUCCUCUACUAGGCCCAACAGAAAGCCCACUAGAAGCCUUACACAAGAAUCAUCAGCACCAAAGGAAAAGGGUGCAGCCAGCUCCAGCCAACCAGCCAGGCCAGUCUCCUUUAGUUACAGAAUUUCACUGUAUGUUUUCCCUAAAAGGCUGAGGCUCAUGGCUAAACUUCCACCAAGACUUUGGGAAAAAAUUUAGGCUGUUCUAAAAAUUUGUCUUUUGUGCUGUAAUUAAUGUACUGUUGUUUGGUUUGAGAUAAUGUUUGUGACACUUUUCUUUUGAUUUUUUAAAAACUAGACAACAUGGCUUAUGAUCUUUCUUAGUGAGCAACAGAAUUGCAGUAGAUUUUUUGAGUAUCUUGGACUAUAUUUUGUUUAGUCUCCAUGUAAUGGAAUUGAUGGUAUCCACCAUUUGGUGUUAUUUUCCUAUGCUUAUUACUGAAUUACACUAGACUGUGUUCUGCCUCAUAUUAUGCUGCUUCUGUUUAAUGAAUUUCCUUAAUUGAGUUGAUAUGUUACAGAGUUGAUUAACAGAAGAGUUAAGUCACAAUUUUCUUGCUAACAGAUAAAUUUUCCAUUCCAAUUAAUUGUCAAAUUACAUGGAGAUAAUUACACUCACAAAAUUAAUCAGCAAAAUCCUAAACUAAAUCCAGAUGUUCAGCAAGACCCAAUACAUCUCAAUUUACAUAACUCAGACCCAAUCAAAGAAAUGCAAACUGAACACUAAAUUCUCUCCUAAUUUCAUCAACCAUACUUCAAUGGCAUCACACACGCUACCCCCUCCCUCUGAUUGAACCAAAUCUGAGACCAGAAGCAAAACAAAACAAGCCAUCCAGAAAUCCCUAGCACUGCAGCAACCUUGAACUUCCACUCAAUGUCCCUCACUUUUGCUUUCAGAGCAGCAACUUUCCUCUUCAUCUUUGCAACAUGGGGAUCCUCACUCUCUGCUUCUGGGUCUGCCCAUCGGAAGAAAUCACACUCCUCCUGGAUCUGCAACAACUCAUCAGAGUCAGAGCCCAGAACAAACAAUACCUUGCCAUCACCCACCUACAGAAACUUAAAACCCUAACCUCAUAGUAGACACACCCCCAAAAUCGUCGCCCAGGGUUGUUCCUCGUUCCCGAAAUCCUAAGCACGGGUCUCUCUCCAUGUCCACACACAAGCUCCCUCUUCUACGCAGACGACCGACUCCGGCACGACCGUGAGCUCUCGGUAGCCAUGGCUCCACUCACCUUCGCAUGCCCUUCCUCCUUCUCUGCUUCGUUGGUUAGGGAUGACUUCUCUGAUUUAAUCCCAACCCUCCCCAAAUCACAACUUUAUAUAAAUAAAUAAAUAAACAAAUAAAUUAACUUUAUUUAUUAAACCCUCCAACGGAUAGUAACGGCUAAAGGACAAAAGUGUCCAAAAAUUUUGUUUUCAGGGGG